AUGGAUGUGAAUGAACAACAACAACAAGAUGUUGCAAUGAAAACUGGUCAUGCUCCAGCUGAAAAAAUAGCUGGUGGUGUACGAAUUGUUAAAAAAAGUAGACAUGAUUCAGAUAGUAAAAACACGAAUAAUGAGGAAAAGACUAAUGCAAAUAUUCAGUCUGAUUCCACAGAUAUUGCUGAAUAUAAAGAAUCAACUAAUAUUUUAGCUAAUACAGGCUUAGCAGCUCAAACCAACAAAGAUUAUCCACCUGAGGCAAUACGAGCAUACCACGAGAAACCCAUACCACAACAUCAGAAACUUCCGCCUAGAUCAGUAAAUCAUAUUCUAUUUCAACCAACUAAACAAUAA